UGCCAGGAAGUGCCCAGAGACCCAAGUCCCUGUAUGAAGGGUCGGGAACCAGAUUACCAGGAAGUCACAGUCCUCUACCCAUGAGGUCACAAAUCCACCAACCCGGGUGGACAGGACAACAUCCUGGUCUUAUGGGCUCUUAUUCUUUACCACGUCAAUUCACAGGGCAGGGGGCAUAUAUGAGCUCUGAUAUGGACCACAUUUACCACUUUUUGCCCUCAGACCAUCAGCAACCUGGAGAGAAAGCAUCAACCAUUCAUCAGCAGGGCAUCAAUUAUUCUAGACCAGAGGCCAGGGGCAAUAAUCCCCCAUCUCCCCCUCUGCCCCCACCCCCACCCCCUCUUGCCUCUGAACACCCCUCCCCAGGCAAUGGGACCCCCUCCUCCUCCCUUUCCUCAGCCUCACCCAGUUUAAAUUCAUCCCACAUGUCAGAAUCUCCUGCCAGAAGAAACCCUUCAUCUCAAAACCAGAAAACCAACCAAUCAUCUUACACCAUUCCACCAGCACCACUCCCUCCUUCCUGUUCUGCACCAAUCACAAACUCUCUUGCUUCAGCUGCACAGUCUGAUACGUAUCACAAUUUAUACCAGAACACCCAGGGAAGCAUGCCAGGGUAUAGUCACAUGUCUCGUCAGCAACACAGCAUUCCCCCACCCCCUCCUCCCGCCCCGCCUGGGCCCCCUCCCAUUGGUGGACAGCAACGCAGAACUGCAAUGAAUUCUGGGACAGAAGAAGAGGACUCAGAUUUCCAAAGAAAUCCUAAAUUUGCCAAUGUUAGUUUAAGGAGAACUAUGACAAACGACAGAUCCAAACCCCGAUUUUAGUACGCAGAUGCCACAUGGGAUAGAAACAUCAACUUGCAGAACAAAUUCUUCAUAUUUAAACUGAACAAAACAAUCUCUUGACUGUAUAUGAUUUUCUUCUGUUUAUCAAUAUUUCAUUCUUUGUAUUUUAUCAUAUUAAGAUUAAUUUUUGUUAAUGCUUCCAAUAUUUAUCUACACUGUAAAAUAAAGUUUGUACAUUAGCAUUUUGGUCACAAUAUUUCCUGUUUUCAGGUCCUCACAUUUCUUGAAAAUCGUUUCUUUGGUUCUAGAUGCCACACCCUUAAAUACACACAAUGGAGUACAUCACCAGUUCUGAUAAUUAAUAUUUCAAAUAUUAUAGAUUUCAGAGGUACCAAAUUUGAAGUGCUAUUUUACCCAUUGAAGUCCCCUCAAAUUUCAUUUUUUUUUUCAUAUUAACUUUCAUUAUCUUGAGGGUAAUGACUUUUUUUAACAUGGUGGUUUUACGAUUUGAAUGAGAGUUGUAAAUAUAUAAAUGUAUAUCCAGAAGAGUGUUAGAUAUAAAACUUGUAAAUGUCUAUAUAGAACAAAGUGUUCAGAUACAUUUCGGGCUCCUGGAGAAUGACUCAGGGAUAAAGAAAUGGUGCAUUAGUAGGAAUUCACAAUUUUGCUGGUUCUUGUUCACAGUUACCAGUUGUUCAACCAAUACAGAUAUGUAAACACUUCAUCAUAAAUAUUUGAAGUUAUAACUAUAUGUAUUAUGUAAUUAAUGUAUUCAAAUGAAGAAAACAUGCAAUCUAUACUUUUCAUUCUCACUUCAAGAAAAAGAGAUUGUGCUGACAUAACCCCAUUAUCUAAAAUUUAUGAAAGCUAUUAAUUUUUUUUUUGACCAAUUCUUCCAAUUUAGUUUUCUAUUUUUAUAUAUGUAAAUUAUGGAUUUAUUUAACUUGCAGUUUGUUACACAUAGCUUGUUGCAGCCUCUUCAUAUGUAUAUCUGUUUUUAAUACAUAUAUGUAUAUAUAAAUAUAUGCAAAAAGUAAACUUGCACAGACAAGCUGAAAUUCUAUAUUAUAAGUUGUUAUCAUCAUAUAUUAAAUAU